AUGGAUCGUGACUACGUGGUCGAUCCAGCUACUGAAUCGGCGCUGUUGGAGUUCUACACGGAGUGGAUCGGCAACGCGGUGGCUCUGGGCUGCGAGGUGGCCAAGCGACGCAAGUCGAAUAUCCUCAAGGCUCGCGACAUCGCGCUGCACCUGGAGCGUUCCUGGAAUCUGUAUGUCCCUGGCUUCAACGGGGAAAUGCUGAAGCCGUACCGCCGGCCGCACGCAUCGGAAUUGCACCGGCAACGGCAGUUGGCGGUGCGGCGAACG